CCCACCGAAAUCCCAAAACACCCCCCCUCUCUCUCUCUUCUCCCCUCUCUCUCCUUCGAUGCCCACCUGUUCUUCGCUCAAGUAGAGAGAGAAUAAAAAUGGCGUACAUGUGCGCAGACAGCGGAAACCUCAUGGCCAUCGCUCAACAAGUCAUCCAACAAAAGCAACAUCAACAGCAACAGCAGCAGCAACCAGGCAGCAGGCAACAAAGCCAACCGCCCAGCUUCACCCCACCAAAAUCACGCCCGCCGCAGCCGCCGCCGCCGCUUCGCACCCCACUUGUCGCGGUCAAGAAUCCAACGAUUCGCCUUCGCCACGCUUCUCUAAGGUCGCUUCUCGACUGUGCUCGCAUCGUGGAUUCAUCCGGACUGGCAGCGAAAUCGCUGAUCCGGAUCCGGGAACUCGCCUCCGAGGUCGGGGACCCGAUAGAGAGAGUGGGCGUUCUAACUUCCAGUGAAGCUCUGGCCAGCCGCUUGACGCUCCCAAGGAGGGAAGACGAAGGAAUCCACUGUUUCGACUUCUUGGUCGUUGAUUUCUCGCCGGAGGACUUCACUCUCUGCUACAAAGCGCUCAACGAUGCCUGCCCUUACUCCAAAUUCGCUCACCUCACCGCGAACCAAGCGAUUCUCGAAGCCACCGAAGCUUCGGAUCGAGUCCACAUCAUCGAUUUCGGGAUCGUUCAAGGAGUCCAGUGGGCGGCGCUGCUACAAGCUCUGGCGACCCGAUCCGCCGGAAAACCUUCAAAGAUUCGAAUCUCCGGCAUCCCAGCUCCCGCCCUCGGCGGAUCUCCGGCGAGCUCGCUGGCAGCGACAGCAAUCAGGCUCAAAGACUUCGCCGUCCUCCUCGACCUCGACUUCGAGUUCGAACCGAUCCUAACUCCGGUACACAAGCUAACAGAGUCAACGUUCAGAAUCGAGCAAGACGAAGCCGUGGCCGUCAACUUCAUGCUCCAGCUCUACAACUACCUCGACGAGUCGCCGGAGUUGAUCGACAGAGUUCUCCGCAUCGCCAAAUCCCUAAACCCUAGCGUCGUGACCCUGGGCGAGUACGAGGCCGGAGCCCCUGAACCGCGGUCGGCGUUCGUGAACCGGUUCUCAACCGCGCUCGAGUACUACUCGGCCGUAUUCGAGUCGCUGGAACCGGCUAUGGAGCGCGAGUCGUCGGACCCGCGUUCGGUCGAGCGAUGCUCCUCGGGCAUCGGAUUCUUAAAGCGGCUGGCGGCCGAGGAAGGGAGGCAGAGGAUGGAGGAGAGAGAAAAUUGGACGGCGCUAAUGGAGGGGUGCGGCUUUGAGAGCUUGCCGUUAAGUCAUUACGCCGUUAGUCAGGCGAACCUUCUCCUUUGGAACUACCAUUAUAGCCCCAAGUACUCCUUAUUGGAUUCUGUAACGGGGUUCCUUUCCCUAUCUUGGGAGGAACGGCCGUUACUCACGGUUUCCUCGUGGCGUUAGCGGUGGUGUUAGGGGCUUUGGUUUUAUUAGGGGUCUAGAUCGAGAGGGGAAUUUUUAUUUUUUUGUUUCUAAAAUCUCCCACUUAAUUAGUUUUGGUAGUAUUAUAUUGAUUUUUGAUCUUUUGUUAUUAUUAUUAUUACUACAUAUUACAUAUGCGGAAGCAAAUAGGGGUCUCUGAGGCUGGGGGCGUUAUGUUAUGUGGUAUUUGCUUGGAAGCGAAUUGGGUGGUGUUUUUUUUAGAUGUAGGAUAGAAAGAAGAAGAAAAAGUUGCAUCUUGUUUUGUGUAUAUAAUUAAUCUUAUGAUGACAUUUCCUAAGUGUUGAUCGUUGUUUACAAUUGAAAUUUGAGGA